ACAGUCCACACAACAAGUCUCCAACACGUUUCUGUUUAUCUGUAAACCUGCUACAUUUGCAUAGCCGCUGGUAAACAUCUCUAGAUAAUUCCGUUCGCGCUCAGAUUGCUGGAUGUGGUCGUAGAAACCAGUCUCGAAGGAAUAAUGGGAGAUUUAAAGUAUUUACGCGGCUUCGGCUCUGAGUUCUCGUCCGAGGACCCGCGGAGGCCGGGAGCACUGCCGGUCGGUCAGAACAGCCCCCAACGCUGUCCCUACGGGCUGUACGCUGAACAGCUGUCGGGGACUGCCUUCACCGCGCCUAGAAAUGAGAACAAGAGGUCUUGGCUUUACAGGAUUCGACCUUCAGUGGUUCACAAGCCAUUUAAACGGGCCUCGGUUACCAAGUAUCUGACCCACAACUGGGAAGAACAAGAACCAGACCCAAAUCAGUCCCGUUGGCUUCCAUUCGAACUUCCGUCGUCUCCAGUGGAUUUCGUCGGUGGUCUGCACACCGUGUGCGGCGCGGGGGACCCUAAAGUAAGAUGCGGUAUCGCCAUACAUGUCUACCUGUGUAACACCUCCAUGGACAAGUCUGCCUUCUAUAGCAGCGAUGGAGAUUUCCUUAUUGUGCCCCAACAGGGUAAGCUGAAAAUCACGACAGAAUUCGGUGUAAUGGAGGUGGCGCCCAACGAGAUUGCUGUCAUCCAACUCGGCAUAAGGUUCGCCGUGGCUGUAGAAGGUCCUUCCAGAGGAUACAUCUUGGAGGUGUUCGGAGGUCACUUCACUCUCCCGGACCUGGGUCCAAUCGGUGCGAAUGGCCUCGCCAACCCCAGGGACUUCUUGACUCCGACUGCGUACUAUAUUGACCAAGAAAUACCCGGCUUCAAGAUCCUGAACAAAUACCAGGGCGCGCUAUUCGAGGCGGAGCAGAAUCAUUCCCCGUUCGACGUGGUGGCGUGGCACGGGAACUACGCGCCUUACAAGUACGACCUGGCCAACUUUAUGGUCAUCAACUCCGUGUCCUUUGACCACUGUGAUCCGUCCAUCUUCACGGUGCUGACGUGUCCGUCAACGAAGCCCGGGACUGCCAUCGCUGACUUCGUCAUCUUCCCGCCCAGGUGGUCCGUGCAGGAACACACCUUCAGACCUCCCUACUAUCACAGGAAUUGCAUGAGCGAGUUCAUGGGCCUGAUCUUGGGGUCGUACGAGGCGAAAGCGGGCGGGUUCCUGCCGGGCGGGGCCUCGCUGCACUCCAUGAUGACCCCCCACGGCCCCGACCUCCAGUGCUUCACCGGCGCCUCCGCUGCCGACCUCAAGCCUGAGAAGAUUGCUGAGGGGACACAGGCGUUUAUGUUCGAGUCUUCAUUGAGCAUGGCGAUCACAAAGUGGGGAGCGGAGACCUGCCAGAAACUGGACCCAAAGUACCACCAGUGCUGGCAGAACCUCCCCAAGCUGUUCUCUCAUUAAAUAAACUUGUGAUUUCUUGUCGCAUUGUAAUUAUAUAAUAGUAAGGACCUGUUUCACUGCUUGCUGAAGUAUCUGUUUGAUAGCCUAUACAUAAAGGCUUGUUACAUAUCGCAUAGAUAGUGUGUUUCACAAGUGUUAGAUAGGGCUAACUGUCCAAUAUCAAACAGAUUUAUCUAUUGGUUAGUUUAUUUGUCAUAUUACGAUGUCAGAAAAUAGUGAUAAAGGUAAGGUAAGGUAAGUGAUGUACUAAAACAUUGUUAAUUAAAGACCGCUUCCCAGACUUUUAAAAUAUACUUUAUAUACGUGCAUGUAUCUUGUAUAUACUAAAGUCAAAGUUUACUCAACAAAUGUAUUAUUGAAUUGUCAUAAUUGCAUUUUAUUUCAUACAAUUCCUAUAUAUUUAACGUACCUAUACAUAUAUGUAUAUAUAUAUACUUCAGUAAAGACAUACAAUAAAAAAAAUCAAAUAUAUUUUUUUGUUGGUCUAUUUAUAUAGUUCGAUGGGUUUGUAUUGCUAAAAUUUCAAAAACCUUUUUGACAACCUAUAUGACAUUUAUAACAGACAAGCCCACAUUAGCGUAAUCUCAAAAUAAAAUUAGUUGAGUACUUAAUUACCCGCUGACACGCGCAGACAUAGAAACGUCACACACGAAUUAACUACAGUAGCACCAUAUUAGUUAUAAGGCGAACGGCGGACUUAUCAAUCCUCUGGCGAAUUCGCGCCACGCUUGCCUUCUCUCGUGUAGGAAGUAUUUAAGAUAUUAUCUGUAUCUUGUAUUAGUGUAUUAGUAUAUAGUUUCAUAAAUACCAUAAAUAUACUAGCAUUUAAA